GAGAGUGAGAGAGAGAGAGAAAAGUCCUUUUUAUAGAAGUGCACAAUGUUUAAUUUUAAUGACAUGUCUAUUUAAACGUCUCUGUGGUGCAAAAACAUUGCGUGGUUCCAUAUUACAGCCUAUGAGAGGUCUGCGUCUCGAGUACGCGCUCUACGUUCAAAGCGUCGCGACGCGGUUGCAUUCGAAAAAUUUUGCCAGUGUCUUCGUGGCGCGUGAUCCUGUUCGGAUCGUUUUUCCUGGUGCGUGAAAAAAAUACACCCUCUCAUUCAUUCUAUAUAAAAUAUUAAAUAAAAAAAAAAAAACUUGUGAACUUAAAUAUAAUAAUAAAAAAAAAUCUCCCUUCAUUUAUUUAAAAACGAAAAAAUAAAUUCAUUGUGAUAUCAAGCACUUGUUCUUCAUGACAAACAAACACAUACAUACAUCUGGAUUUCAUCUCCUAUAUAAAUAAUUCACAUAUAUCAUUCGUUCUGCAAAAUAAAAAAAUUUUAUGUGGUGAAAGUGACGAAUAUGGAUUACAUUACAAUUUUGAUGAUUAAAUGAAAGAUUAAUCUUCUCAGCCAGAGAAAAGGAAAAAGAAGAUUGAACGUGAUAAAAAUUUACAAUCACAAUCGAUAUAUUGUAAUUGCAGUGUGCAAAAAAGAAAUAAAAAUUUAUGAAAGUCUAUAAAAAAAAAAACCGCUAAUGAAAUGUAAAUGUUUAUAUAAUCUCUAAUUUUUAUAUUUUACUUAAACGAGCUUUAUUAACGUCUUGUGGAUUUAAAAAAAAAAAAAAAAUUCUUUCUCCCCAAGGAUUUUCUUAAAAAAAAAGAAGAAAAAAAAAAGAUUUUAAUAAAUCCAAACAUAAGACCUAAAUUUUUUCCAAAAUGAUGAAAAACAUCACAAAGUAUCGCCAACGGGGAAUGAAGAACAAAAGAGAAUGUUUUAUAAUAAGAAAAUAUGAACACAUUGUACUAUUUGAAAGACGCGUUAUUUUUUGCUGAUGGCAUAUCAAUUUUGAUUCUUCAAGACGAGAGAGAGAGAGAAAAAAAAAAGAUCACUAAUUAAAUAUUAAUUUUUUCAAAAAAUAAAAUUAAUUUUCAACUAAUAUGAAAUUUUUAAUUCAACUGAAAAAUUAGAUUAAAAAUUUAUUCUUAAUAAAAUUAAUUAAUUUUGUCAAAUAAAUUUUUUUUUUCUUUUUCUAUUUUAUCAUAGAAUUGUAUAUUAAAAAAUAUAGUUUUGAGAUUUUCGACGAUUUGAAAGACAGUCAUGUGUGUUUUAUUUGGAAAAAAAUCAUUCAUCUUUCACGAAUAAGCUAUGAAAACAAUAAAGGGUGAACGAGGGGUGUAUUGUUGGGAGAAAAGUGAGAGAGAGGAAAGAGAGCCUUGUUAAAGCCGACAGUGCAUGAAACGGAAGUGGAAGUGAGCUUCGAUGGUGAAGCUAACCACUGCAUUCAACCAACCACCACCACUGCUCUUCGAUUGGUUUCCACAGAACAGAGUUCUACUUUCUAGGAACCGCGAAUGUCGAUCUACUCUUUCGAACUAAUGAAAGAAUUUCACUACAAUUAUCACAACGAAUUUUCACUGGAAAAUAAAAAAAAAAAAUAAAUAAUUUUUAUUUUCAAUUAGAAAAAAAAAAUGAUAUUUUCCCAAAAAAAAAAAUUUCCAAAUCUUAUUUAUUAUAUAAUAAAAAUAUCAUAUUCUCUAAUAAAUAUUUAUCAAAGAACUAUGUAAAUUUAAGAGAGAACGAAAAAGGGGUCUUUACCCCCCCCCUCCCCUCAAAGUAAUGAUUAGAAAAAAAUUCCCCUAAAAUAAUAAGUAAAAAAAAUAAAUUGUUGUAAAUUGUUCGAAAAAGAAUGAAAGAAAUCGACUAACGAACUAAAGAAAAGUGUGUUUUUUUUUUUCUAUAUAUAUAUAUAUAUAUAUAUAAAGUGUUCGUGAUGCAGUCACUCGAAGAACUAUUUUUUUCAACGGAAUUCCCAUUGAAUUUAACAUCAUCGUGGAUUGUGGGAAAUGAAAGUUUUUACAGAAAUGACACAAAUUUAACUGACUUGGAUGAUGAUGGCAAUCAAUUUAUUUUACCAUGGUGGAGACAAAUGAUUUGGACAUUAUUGUUCGCGGGAAUGAUUGUCGUUGCAACUGGUGGUAAUCUUAUUGUCAUUUGGAUUGUAUUGGCACACAAAAGAAUGCGAACUGUCACUAAUUAUUUUCUUGUGAAUUUAAGCAUUGCCGAUGCAAUGGUCUCAACGUUAAAUGUCAUUUUUAAUUAUACAUAUAUGCUCAAUAGUCAUUGGCCAUUUGGAAAUUUAUAUUGUAAAAUUAGCCAAUUUAUUGCUGUUGUUACAAUUUGCGCCAGUGUUUUUACAUUAAUGGCCAUUUCGUUUGAUAGGUAUAUGGCUAUAAUGAAUCCUCUCAAGCCUCGCUUAGGAAGAAAAGCCACUCUCUGUAUAGCGCUAGCCAUUUGGAUAGUGGGAGUUGUUUUAUCUUUUCCCAUGUUACUUUUCUUUAGAACAUUUACACAUACUUUCACAAAUGGCGAAGUUCGAGUGAUAUGUUAUAGUCAAUGGCCAAAAGAAAGCCAUGAAUAUUUAUACAAUGUAAUUUUUAUGAUUCUUACGUACUUUUUACCAAUUGGUUCGAUGACUUUCACGUACGCAAGGGUUGGCUUGGAAUUAUGGGGUUCACAAAGUAUUGGGGAAGCUACCCAAAGACAAUUAGAUAAUAUAAGAAGUAAAAGAAGGGUCGUGAAAAUGAUGAUUGUCGUGGUUGUCAUCUUUGCGGUAUGUUGGUUACCAUUUCACAUGUACUUUAUAAUAACGUCAUAUCUUCCGGAAAUCACGACCGGUCCAUACGUUCAAGAGAUCUAUCUAGCUAUAUAUUGGUUGGCCAUGUCUAAUAGCAUGUACAAUCCUAUAAUUUAUUGUUGGAUGAAUUCCAGAUUUCGUCGAGGAUUUGCGCAAUUCUUCUCAUGGUGUCCAUGGGUGCACGUCACCCCGGAACCAACAUUAUCACGAUCGGAAGCUGUGACAUCGCGUUAUGGCUGCGUUGUAAGUCCGGAUUCACAACUAAGGAUCUCACGGAACGGUAAUGUACGAAUUCCUCGAUCUCGUGACAGAAGAUGGAGAAACGCUCAUCAUCCAGGACAUGUUUCUUGACAAUUAGAGAAUUCAUCGCAGCAACAAC